AUGCAGCUCAACAAGCCUCAAAUCAAGACCGAUACGCGCCGCCACCAACCACAACGUCAGCAUCAGAAGCCUCGCCAACAGGCUAUCCCGCCCCGCAGCCUGCGGCAAGGCCAUCACAGCCUGUCCCAACGGGCACGGCUCAGCUGCAGCCUACGCCAACACAGCAACUCUCCGAAGAUGGACCUCCGGCUCCACAGCCCGGACCUGUGGCAGUAG